AUGAUUUAUGACAUGAUCCACGAGUGUGGCUCUGAUUUCAUCAGAGACUCUGACUCUUCCAUUUCCACCUCUUCCUCUGUUAUGUCUUCCUCUAACACCACCACCACGUAUUCUUACACAUCUUCCAAUUGCUCUUCCACGAGCAUGUUGCUGCAGUUCAGGAAAUUCCAAUCUGAUGUGAACAAGAAGCUAAUUGUUCAGAGAUCUGAACUUAAAAAGCUGUGCAAGAAGCUUCACCAACAGAUCGACCAGGUUGAUGAGGAGAGAUAUGACUUGGAGGCAAAGGUUGCCAAGUCAGACAAGGAGAUUGAGGAUCUGAAGAUCAAGGUGGUAGACCUGCAGGGCAAGUUCAAGAAACCUGCACUAAAGAAAGUGCACAUUUCUGCUGACACUAUGCUUCAGGCUCUGCUGGGCUCCAAACACAAGGUCUCCAUGGACCUGAGAGCCAACCUCAAACAAGUCAAGGAGGAGGUCAAAGAGGAGUCUGCAGAACAAGUCGGCGACUGGCGUAAGAACAUUGAGGAUAAGGCUGGUAUGGAUGGCAGGAAGAAGAUGUUUGAGUCCGAGGCUUAAGAUGUGUUGUGGUUAUUCACCCAUAUGUCUUAAUUUCUCUGCCAAACAUCUUUCUAUCCUGUGAACCUCCCGUUCCAAUCAAAAUAUUUUUCCUGGACUGUUUUGCACAUUGUACAUUGUCCCAAUGUUGA